UCUAGAGACGUGUGUGCCAUGGCGGCCUCCUGUACCGGCAGCGUUGGCUCUGUGAAGUUGUUGCAAUGCUGCCGGGGAACGUGUCGCUUGUCGUUAUGGAGACUGCCUGCGCCUCGCAAAUCUCCGCCGGUUGCGAGCACCAGUAUCGGGCAGCUGCGGCGAACACAUCAGCAGCCGUGGACCAGUGUGGGUGAGCGUGGCCGAGUCGCCGUGGAUCUGGGCAGCAGGAAGCUUGAAAUUUCCACAGGGAAGCUUGCUCGGUUUGCAGAUGGAUCUGCAAUGGUUCAGUUGGGAGACACAUCAGUGAUGGUUACAGCUGUCAGUAAAACAAAGCCUACUUCGUCUCAAUUUAUGCCAUUGGUGGUUGAUUACCGUCAGAAAACUGCAGCAGCAGGAAGAAUACCAACUACAUACUUGCGAAAAGAAUUGGGCUACACAGAUAAUGAGAUCUUAACCAGCAGAGUAAUUGAUCGUUCAAUCAGGCCACUAUUUCCUUCAGGAUAUUUUUAUGAUACACAGGUUAUAUGCAAUCUCCUUGCAGUGGAUGGCAUCAAUGAUCCUGAUGUACUUGCAAUUAAUGGAGCAUCUGCAGCCUUGGCAUUGUCUGACAUUCCAUGGAAUGGUCCUAUAGGUGCUGUAAGAGUUGGUCUUGUAGAUGGAGAAUGUGUAAUUAACCCAACUCGGAAAGAAAUGGCAUCGAGCACUUUAAAUUUGCUACUGGCUGGAGCACCUCAAAGCCAAGUAGUCAUGAUGGAAGCCGCAGCAGCGAAUAUACUGCAACAGGAUUUUUGUCAUGCUAUCAAAAUUGGUGUAAAGCACACUCAGCAAAUCAUCCAAGCCAUUCAACAACUAGCAGGCAAGCAUGGAAAUUCCAAAAGGACACCUCAGAAGAUGUUCAUUCCAUCCAGAGAAAUAGUUGAAGCUGCGAGGCAGUUUGCUUCAGAGAAGAUCUGUGAAGUAUUUAAAGAUUUUACGCAUGAUAAAAUUUCAAGAGAUGAUGCCAUUAACAAAAUCAGACUUGAAACAGAAGAACAGUUAAGAGCAAAGUUUUCUGAUGUUGAACCGUAUGACAUUAUGGAGGCAUUUAAUGUGGUUUCCAAAGAGGUGUUUAGGAAUGUUAUCAUGAAUGAAUACAUAAGAUGUGACGGCAGAGACUUGAGAUCUCUUAGGAACAUUCAUUGUGAAGUUGAUCUGUAUAAACCACUUCACGGAUCUGCGCUGUUUCAGAGGGGACAGACACAGGUCUUCUGUACAGUAACUUUUGAUUCUAUAGAAUCAAGUGUAAAAACUGAUCUUAUCACCACUCUUAUAAGUGGGGUGAAAGAGAAAAAUUUCAUGCUGCACUAUGAGUUUCCACCUUAUGCAACUAAUGAAAUAGGAAAAUUAGUUGGUCAAAAUAGGAGAGAGCUAGGCCAUGGUGCUCUUGCUGAGAAAGCAUUGAAGCCUGUGAUUCCUAAGGAGUUUCCAUUUACAAUAAGAGUAACAUCAGAAGUACUAGAAUCCAAUGGUUCAUCAUCCAUGGCAUCGGUAUGUGGAGGAAGUAUGGCCUUGAUGGAUGCAGGUGUUCCAGUAUCAGCUCCUGUGGCUGGUGUAGCUGUUGGCCUCAUCACAAAGACAAAUCCAGAGAACCCUGCCAGCAUUGAAGAUUACCGUCUCCUGACUGAUAUUUUGGGUAUUGAAGAUUAUUAUGGUGACAUGGAUUUUAAGAUGGCUGGUACAAGCAAAGGCAUUACAGCUUUACAGGCAGACAUUAAACUAGCAGGAUUACCAUUGAAAAUUGUAAUGGAAGCUGUUCAGCAAGCUUCAGUUGCCAAGAAAGAGAUCUUGAACAUAAUGAAUAAAGAGAUUGCUAAACCCAGGGAGAAGAGGAAAGAGAGCGGCCCUGUGCUAGAAACUAUACAAGUGCCAUUAUCAAAAAGGGCCAGGUUUAUUGGACCAGGUGGCUACAAUCUUAGAAAACUUCAGGCUGAAACUGGAGUUACAAUAUCUCAGAUUGAUGAAGAAACUUUUUCAAUUUUUGCACCAACUCCCAAUGCUAUGCAUGAAGCUAGUGAAUUCAUAAGUGAACUCUGCAAAGAUGAUCAAGAACAGCAUCUCGAGUUUGGAGCAGUUUACACUGCCACUAUAACUGAAAUACGGGAUAUUGGAGUAAUGGUGAAGCUAUAUCCCAGUAUGACUCCAGUUUUAUUGCAUAAUUCACAGCUUGACCUCAGAAAGAUAAAACAUCCCAGUGCAAUUGGCCUGGAAGUUGGACAGCAGAUUCAGGUGAAGUAUUUUGGCCGUGACCCAACAGACGGAAGGAUGAGACUUUCCCGCAAAAUACUACAAUCUCCAGCUACGACAGUAGUUAAGAACCUGAAUGACAGAAGUAGCAUUGUAAUGGGGGCAAGAGAUUCUACAUCAUCGAGUGCUUCCUCAUAACCAUUUUCAAAGCUAAUCAUGAAAACAAUUCUUCGGUCUAAUCAGGCAUCUUUAAAAAUCAAAAUGCUAAGAAUAUUUUUGUAAAAUAUAUAUAUAUUAGUGCUACAUUUAUUUACAUAUUUCCUUAAAUGAUAUUGUUCUUGAAAUAUUGUAAGUGUCCUUUUUUGUGUAAUAAAAUACUGAUAUGGGAAAGAU